CGAGAUAAAUGAGACUCAGCAGCGUGACCUGGCCUGAAACAGGCCACCACUUUUCCAGAGGGUGGGGGCUCCUCCUCACCGGAAGGGUCCAAACAGCCAUCGGUGGAAAUGACUUCAUUGCCCCUUCCCCCCCCGUCCUGAGCCAGGGGCCCUGCGGUGACUCUCUGCUUGCAUGGAAUGCAAAUGAACAUGCUUGCUGCAGCAUUCAGACAUGUCUUGUCUCUCCAUCGGAGAAGACGCUCUCUCUUCUGCUGGGUGUCACUGGGACUAGAACGCCGCAAUGAUCUCACAGACAUGGUGGAGCUUCUGACAUGGUUCCAGCCCCCGUUCGCCAGUCAGGAGCCCCUGGCUGGGGCUGUUGGGAGGCUGAAGGCGCUUUCUGUUAAUAGGGCGGGGCUGGUUUCCCAGGCCCGGGAAGUGGAGCUGGCCUGGCUGGGCUGCCUUUGAACUUGCCCGUUGGCACGAGGCCCGUGUUGUGUGAUCUCCAAGGGCUUGGGAUUUCCUGUCGCUUAGAUACCGAGUUUCACAGGCGGCAUCACAACAGCUGACAACAAUAUCACAGGAACAGGGCUUCUAAGGUCCAGCCUCGAGCGACACCUGCAGACAUCACCGGGAUACCUUUCCAUGCCCUCUGAGGGGCCCCGUUUCCAGCCAGAGAGAUGGCCAAGGGAGGAGCCAAACCCCCCAAGGGGAAGAAGGUCACCUUGAAGGUGGCCAAGACCUGUAUCAAGAUCACCUUUGAUGGGAAGCGCCGUCUUGACCUGAGCAAGAUGGGCAUCACAACCUUCCCCAGGUGCAUCCUAAAGCUGGAGGACAUUGACGAGCUGGACCUGAGCAGAAACAUGAUUAAGAAAAUCCCGGAGUCAAUCGAUAAAUUCCAGAACCUGCGCUGGCUGGACUUGCACAGCAACCAGAUUGACAAGCUGCCGGAAACCAUCGGGAACCUGCAGAACCUCAUUUUCCUCAACCUCUCCAACAACAAGCUGACGGCCCGCAGCUUGCCCAUGGAGCUGAACCAGCUCAAGAGCCUGCGAAACCUUAACCUGGGCCUCAACCACAUUGACAACCUCCCGACCACCCUGGGGUCUUUAAAGGAGCUGCAGGAGGUUGGGGUCUUCGACAACCUGCUGACCCUUAUCCCGAACAGCGUCGCAAAGCUCCCCAAGCUGAAGAAGCUAAACGCCAAGAGGAACCCCUUUCCUGGACCCACCGAAGAGGAAAUCUUUAUUGAUAACAUCAAGCGCCUCGAGACGCUCUAUUUGGUAGAAGAGAAGGACCUUUGCCCCCCCUGCCUGAGGAAAUGCCAGGAAGAGAGGGACAAGCUCAACAAGCUGAAGAACACGGUGCCUGCCCCCCUCAGAAAGCCAAAUUUCUCAAACCUCAUGACCCCCAACUCCCUGGCAAAGGAGAAUCAAGCCGAGUGGAGGUGAAGAGGCCGCCAGGCCCAUCCCCACCUGAGCGACUCAGCGCAGGGCAGAGCAACUGUGCACCCCUUCCUGAGGAACGAUCCCAACUAAUAAAACAGCACUAGGUCACGUGUGACUUCUAUGAUGCUCGCAGACCUGUGUCAAUCCAGCACACAUUCCCACAGCAAGAGACCAGGCUCUAAAACCUGCUAUCCCCAGCUUCUCUCCCACUUGCCCCUGGAAGCAGACCUUCCGAUAGGUGCCACAGCGGUGAAGGCCUCCCCUCCCCUCUUCUGACCCAACAGAGCCGGGCUGGGCCUUUGGCCACCAGACACAAGAGGGGCACCCCAAGGUAGCCCAGGGCUAGAGGCCUGCUCUCUCCUCCUUCUCAGAGGUCCCAAGGUGAUUGGCUGCCAGAGGCAGGAUGCUACCACCAAAAGGAAGGGGCGGCUUUGCCUUUUAGAACCAGGCUAGUUUCCCUUUCCAGUUCAAAACUUGGAUUUUGGGAAGAAGAGCCAAGGGUUGUCCCCGUGUCCUUAACCCCUCCAUGACUAACAAUAUUUAGGAGCUUGAGGUCCUGAAUUAGAAAAAUCACAGAGGGGUGAAAUCUAUUCUUCUGAUGAUUCUUGCUCCUGGCUAAAUCCAGUCAGGUCCCAAGGAUCAUUAGAGAGCAGCCAGGCUGCCUGCUCCAGCGUGUCUCUCUCUUACCAACAGAUCACAUGUUGCACCUCAACCUAGCGAACAACAAUUGCAAUUCUUUUGGCUCCUUUCAAAAUUCUUUAGAUAUUUGGCCUAAGAAAAAAUCUCUAACUGCAUUUUGAAUUUUACAGUAUUUUGGUAGCCCUUUGAUUGUGAACCUUUAACACCAUAUCAAUUGUUGAAAUUUCCUGGGUGUGGACCUAUUCCUUUUCUUGCCUCGCUUGUAAGAGUUAAUGCUGGCAACCUUGGUAAUUGCAUACGGAAAUUACUAUUUUAAAUUGUCCUAUUUUAUGCCUCAGCUCAACCCAUAAUGGAGUUUUGCAGUUUCUCUGUAUCUCAGAGUGUCAGAUGAAUUAGUACACUGAGAAUUUCAAAAUGAGUUGCUUCUCUAGCGUUUAAACACAACGUUGGCCAGGACACAAAGCCUUCAGAAAAUUCAAAGGAUGCAUCAUUGCAAGCAGAAGAAAAGAGGUUUACAGCCUGGGGCCACAGACGGCAUUCAGGUUAUGAAGAUGGAUAAGGGAUGCCUCGAUCAUUUGCAAUCCGGAGUCACAAGACUUUGCUGUGCAUGCAGAAGGGGACUCUGCAACUCAGGCUAUGGAGAUACGUUGCACAUUUGUUAUGUUACCAGUUGUGAGGGUCUUUGGAUUACGCUGCCACUAUCACAUACUGGGCGGCCCCUAUUGUCAGUCCCCCUAGGUACACCAGACCAGGAAAACAACUCCACAAGAAGGCUAAAACUACAUUUGGAGGUUGGCCAUAAUAACAGAAUGUGGAAAACCUGGUUGUGCUGUUUUUCUCCUCCUUGCAGUUCAAUGAAUUCACGACAUGUCUUUGUGGGAGCUGCUUCCAAGUGUUGUCAUGAUGUUCGGGACUUGAAAAAGUUUCAGCCCCUUUUGCCUCGGCUCUAGCAUAUUUCCAUCCAGGUCAUCCCUAAUCUCUGCUUCUGUUGAGCCAUUUCACACAGACCUAGCGUUUAUUGUGUACCCACAAAACUCUUAUCUGAAAGCGACCAUGUGCCAGCACUCGGAUGUCUAGCAUUUAGUCCUUGUGUGCUAUCUCGUGUGCAUAUGAGAACUAGUCAAAAGAACAUCAUGGAUUAUCGAUAUGGACAUGCAUGAUCCCGAGUCACAUUUAUGCAGGACAUUUGACCGUCUUCUAUAAAAACCAAGCUGCUUCCCUACAGAAUUUCCUCUCAAAGGAGCAGCCAAGGAGUUCCAAAACACAUGAGGCACUCCUUCCUCACACACCAGGGAUGCUGCUUUCGACAUGAGGUUUCUGGGCCAAAAGAAAAUGUUGGGCCUAGGGCAAAAAUUGGAAUGUAAUUAUCAUAAGUCAUUCAAGGAGCAAUGAACCUCUGUGCUAUGAUGAACAUAUAGUUUCCCAAAACCAUUUUAAGAGGCAAACAUAAAUUAAAUCUACAGCCAAUAAUUUUGCAAAUUUGUCUGCUAACUAGUGCAAAUACAGGGAUCACAUUAUCUCUGUACUGUUAAUUUAAGAUACUAGCCCUGAAAGUCCUAAAUGGCUUAGUUAGGGUCUCCAGUUUUAAACCUAGCUAGUUGUUAAGAUUGGCAGGAAGCCCACCUCUUCAGAAGCCCACCUCUCCAGCCAGGUCUUUUCCUGAGCUUCUCCAAGGCUUUUCCUCCCCUACGUCCUCCAAGCCUCUGACGUUUGCCUGGGAAAUGGCUUCAGUAUUAAUACAAUGCUUCUACUUCUUAACAUGCAUCCUACUUUCUAUGUUCUGUUUAAGUGUUUUGAGUUGGAAAGCAAAUGCAGACUAUGUACCUGAUAGAUUAGAUGAGAUUAGAUGAAGGGAAGGGAAGGGAAGGGGAAAAAACCCUGAAGUGAACCAUACACUUUGAAUCCAAAAAAUGUUUCUAGAGACAUCUACGAAAGCCCAGGUUUCUAAGAAUAAAACAAAACAGCAUGAAUCAGCUGUUCUUGAGAGCUAAAUCCAGAGGCUUCCCGGUCAGAGGCACACAAAAUAGCUGAAAUUAAGGCAGAGCCUGAAGCGCAAAUGAUGCCUGGCGUUACAGGAUUUAGAAGAGGGAUGUAGUAAAUGAUCCUGACGUAUCUGCGUCCAUCAAAGGCUGAUUUAAGAAAUGAACAAAACUGUAAAUGUGGUAAUUCUGUUCAUUGAACUUUCUUCUUGGAAUACCCAUAUAUUUCUGUUACUGUAAUACUGUGUUUAGCAUUUACUAAAAAAAUAAAAAUAAAAAAGGAGAAAUGUAA